GGCCGCAGUCCCUGGUGCUGGCCGAACCGGAGGGAGAUGGACGGCCACUCCGAGCACAGUGUGGACCCGGAGGGGGACUUCGAAGAUGUGACGAGCCUGGCCUCGAGACUGUCCGGCAUCAAGGCCAGCUCUGGCCCCCAGUCCCCGCCCGAACCCGCGGACGCCGCGGAGUCGGAGCCGCAGCCGGAGGAUGUGGAGCCUUCGGAGAGAGGAGCCGCCGCGGCCGAGCCCGAUGAGCCGGCCGAGCCCGCCGAGCCCGCCGAGACCCGGGAAGGGCUGGCGGCCGCCGCCGCUGCGGGCGAGGAGGGGCCCCGAGAGCCGGAGGGGUCGGCCGAGGCGGAGCCAGGGGAGCCAGCCGAGGCCGGGCCUGAGGAGCCAGCCAAGCCGGAGUCCAAAGGCGGGCCCGAGGAACCCGAGGAGGACGAGGAGGACGAGGAGAAGGAGGAGAGGGCGCCGGAACGGAGGAGGAGGAAGGAAGCCGCGUCGCAGGUCUCUCUGGCGCCGUCCACCACGGGAAGACAGGCAGAGGCUGCGCCAGCCCGGGACGCUGAGCCGGAGGAACGGGAGCGGGAGGAAGAGGGCGAGGAGAGCCAGGGCGAGGACGCGGAAGGACGCCGGGGGAAAAGCGAGGAAGAGCUGAGAGGUCUGGAGGAGCUCGGGGAUGAGGAUUAUGAGUGGACUGAGGAGGUGCAGAAGCUGCAGGAGCAGCAGCUGCGCUCGGAGCUCCUGGAACAGUACCGCUCCCUGACGGUGGAGCGGAGCCGCUACCAGCGCUACAACGUCUACCUGCAGCACAAGAUCUUCGAGGCGCUGCGCAAGAAGAAGGGCCUGGAUGCAGCCGAGCUGCCCGACAAGGGCAUGGAGCCUGAAGCCCCCGAGAAAGAGCAAGCAUACAUACGCUAUCUGGCCUUGCUGGAGGAGCUGAAGAAGCAACAGGCAGACGACCUGGACUGGUAUCACCAGGAGCUGGAGCAGCUGAAGCAGCAAUGCAAGGAGAAGCUCGCCAAGGUGGAGAAGGAAUGGCAGCGCUUCCAGGCGCUCAAAAAGCAGGUGGUGAUGCAGGCCAUGGGCAGCUGUUGGAUGAAGGGUGGUCGCCAGGCCGCUCUGCGAGAAGUGGAGCAGAUCCAGGCGUUGGAGGCUAAGAAGGAGAAGGAGAUGAGUGCUGUGAGGCUGGAAAACGUGCAACUGAAGCAGAGCUUGGUGCAUUUUGAAACCAGGAUGAGGGCCCAGGAGGACAUGACCGAGGGGCUUCUCCUCAUCGAUUUUGAACAGCUUAAGAUUGAGAACCAGACUUUCAAUGAGAAAGUGGAGGAGCGAAAUGAGGAGCUUUUAAAAUUGCGCAACAAGGUGACCAACAAUGUGCAAAUCAUAACCCAUGUGAAGGAAAAGUUACACUUUGUGGAUAUAGAAAAUUCAUACAAAAAGUCACAACUUUUGGAAAUUGAAGCUCGGGUGGCCCUGAGGAGGGACCUCUUGACCAAGAUUAAGCAAGUCCGGGACAACCUGCGGACUGACAACAUCAAGCUGAAUCAGAAGUGUGGGCUUCUGGGCAAGGAGUCACUCCUUCGGGACAUGGAAGAGAAGGUGGAUAAGACAGAACUGCUCAACCAGCGCUUAGAGUCCCUGAAGCGCCAUCAUGCUGGCCUCACUCUGUCCUGCAGAGGCGUGAAGCAGAAGAUCAGGGAGGCCAAAGCCUUUCUCCCCUCUUGAUGUGAAUGAGAAGAGUGAGCAGAAUGUCUUCAAUCUUGGCGAACUCUAUCCAUUAACUUUUAUUCUCCAUUUGUUACUAUUCCGUAAAAGGCCAAUGAUAUUUAGGAUGGAACUACAUUUUGUAUUUAUCUCAUAAUUUUUCAGUUUCCAAAUUAGUGCGGAGCACAAAAUUGGGUCAGCAGUCAGUGUUAUGUGGGGCGAAGGAAAAUACGUCUAGAGAAACCAACGAAGGGUGAUUUAAUGUACCGGACUCAUAAAACGCUGUCAAAAGCCUUUUUAUAUCUGAGCAAUUCCAUAAUUUCAGUAACCUGAUACUGAGGAGAACUGUUCCUUUUCCAUAUGGAGGAGAGUUUAACAGAUGGGCAGGGUACCAAAAAAAUUCCUGUGCAUUAAGCUAAUUAUUAAACCCCCUUCGAAUUUAUUAAACUGUGUAGUCCUGAGUCACUGUCUCAAUUCAAGGCUCACUGAUUCCCUUUUAGAUUAAAAUUGUUUUGUAUGUAAGUAGCACUAGCUUCUGGGAUAAUAAAAAAUAUCCAGGAAACAGGAGAAAUGAUAAAUAGGAACAGGAGCUGAAGUUCCUUCAUCUUUCCUUUCUCAGUGAAAGGAGGCUCAGUCUGCUUAACCGUUACAUGUUUGUUUCUGGCUCAAGGACAAUCGUCAAUUCUAAUGAGACGUUUUCUCGGAUCCACUAAAGAAAAGCAUUCAUCUUGACAAAAAAUGAAAUUUUGUUUUCCAGUGAAAACAAAACGAUGAUUGUAUUGUGUGUUUUGCCAGGUGCACAAUCUAUGGAGUGAUGACUGCGGACUGUCCACAGCCUUUUGUUUUCAGCGAGAUAUUUUUGGAUCUUAGCAAUAGGACCCUUGUUAUGCAUAUGAUUUUACUCUAUCAAAUAUUAAAACGUCUGUUACUCCUUGUGUUAAUGUAAGAAAGAAAUACCUGGUAGGUCUCUCUCCUUAAUCAGUGAUGAACAUUUUCAGUUUCCUUUGAUGUUUUUGGAGCUAGGAGCUUGGUUUUAUUAAUCUUAGGUUGAAUUUUGAGAUGUGCAGAUUUAGGAUUAAAAGUAUUCUCCCACCCCUAAGCUUAAGUGGAUCAUAUGGAGAGCGAUCUGUUUUGGGGUGCUAAAUACCUUUAAAGAGUGGUGGAAACCCCACUCUAGGCAGAUGACUUGGUUGGUCAUAAGAAUGUCAAAAUAUCUUUUGAUGACAUGAUUUUGUUUUCUAAAGUGUGUUCCCUUUGAAGCCAACAAAGGUUGAUUAAAAUUCCUUUUCUAACUUCCACAGCUUGAAUACGCUUUGUUAUAAUACUGUACUUAUCAAACCAUACAACCGUUAACAACGAGGGGAGUAA